AUGGAAACCCGAGGGAAAGGCAGCCCCGCCGGGAAGAUGACCACGAUGGCUCACAGCCUCCGGGAAAAGGGGGCAGGCAGGAAUCGGGCUGCUCCGAAUGCUGCCAGGAACUCUUUCUGCCACAAUUAAGCACCUGCUACAAGAGAGCAAAUAAGCCAAAUCAUGCGGCUGGCAAACAAGCUUUACGUGUUCCUUCCCCGUGACCCACUCCGAGAAGAAGCGAGCUCAAAGCUUGCAGCUCGUCUGCUCGCAGCUCCCGGUGCAGGCGGAAUAAAUCGCUUUACCGUGAAGCCGAGAGCUUCGCCUUCAGCUCGCGGUCACACUGGGGGUACCGAGACAGCCCCCCACCAUCUGCCUGUGCCCAUCUCGAAAGCCAAAAGGCUCCCCCCUUUCCCAAAUAAGCAACUCCAUCUCCUUCUGCUAUGGAGAGAGAGAUCCCUGUCCUGCGAGUUAGGUCCCAAUUAAUGGAUUCUGACAUGGAUUAUGAGAGGCCAAACGUAGAAACUAUCAAGUGCGUCGUGGUCGGGGACAACGCGGUGGGCAAAACCCGGCUCAUCUGUGCCCGCGCCUGCAACGCCACGCUGACCCAGUACCAGCUCCUCGCCACCCACGUGCCCACGGUGUGGGCCAUCGACCAGUACCGCGUCUGCCAGGAGGUGCUGGAGCGCUCCCGGGAUGUGGUAGAUGAUGUUAGCGUAUCCUUGCGGCUCUGGGACACCUUUGGUGACCACCACAAAGACAGACGCUUUGCCUAUGGCAGGUCCGAUGUUGUGGUUCUGUGCUUCUCCAUCGCUAACCCCAACUCCCUGCACCAUGUGAAGACCAUGUGGUACCCAGAGAUCAAACACUUCUGUCCCCGUGCUCCUGUCAUCCUGGUGGGCUGCCAGCUCGACCUGCGCUACGCCGACCUGGAGGCCGUCAAUCGGGCACGGCGCCCCUUGGCCAGGCCAAUCAAACCUAACGAGAUCCUUCCUCCGGAGAAGGGGAGGGAAGUAGCCAAGGAGCUGGGAAUCCCUUAUUACGAGACGAGCGUGGUGGCCCAGUUUGGCAUCAAGGACGUCUUUGACAAUGCCAUCCGUGCCGCCCUUAUCUCCCGUCGCCACUUGCAGUUCUGGAAGUCCCACCUCCGCAACGUGCAGCGACCGCUGCUCCAAGCUCCGUUUCUUCCCCCCAAGCCCCCUCCACCCAUCAUCAUCGUUCCGGACCCCCCUUCCAACAACGAGGAACGCCCAGCCCACCUCCUGGAGGACCCCCUGUGCGCGGACGUCAUCCUGGUGCUGCAAGAGAAGAUCAAAAUCUACGCACACAAGAUCUACCUCUCCACCUCCUCCUCCAAAUUUUACGACCUGUUUCUCAUGGACCUGAGCGAGGAGGACCAGCAGAACGGCACGGGGCACGGCUUCGGAGCGGCCGUCACUGCGGCCACCGAGCGGAUGCUGCACCAAGAGGAGAGGCACCACGGGCGGGAUUUCCUUCUCCGAGCCGCUAGUUUUGAUAUCUGUGAGAGCACCGAGGAGGCCGGAUCCGGCCAGCGCAAACCGUGCCUUAGAGCCUCCACCAGUGAUGGGAUCCUGCGGGGCAACCGCUACGAGAACGGGGAGCAUGGGCUGCGGCGGGGAAGGGACCUCUCCUCUUGGAGCCGAGCGUUCACCAGCAUCCAGGAGGAAAUGGCAGAAGACCCGCUGACCUACAAGUCCAAGCUCAUGGUGGUGGUGAAGAUGGAUGCUUCCAUCCAACCGGGUCCUUUCCGGGCCGUGUUGAAGUACCUUUACACGGGGGAGCUGGAUGAGAACGAGCGGGACCUCAUGCACAUUGCUCACAUCGCUGAGCUGCUGGAGGUGUUCGACCUCCGGAUGAUGGUGGCCAACAUCCUCAACAACGAGGCGUUCAUGAACCAGGAGAUCACCAAAGCCUUCCACGUCCGGAGGACCAACCGGGUGAAGGAAUGCCUGGCCAAGGGGACUUUCUCCGAUGUCACCUUCGUGCUGGAUGACGGUGCUAUCAGUGCCCACAAGCCCCUGCUCAUCUCCAGCUGCGACUGGAUGGCCGCGAUGUUCGGCGGCCCCUUUGUGGAGAGCUCCACCAACGAGGUGGCACUUCCUUUCACCAGCAAGAGCUGCAUGCGGGCGGUGCUGGAGUACCUCUACACCGGGCAGUUCAGCUCCAGCCCCGACCUCGAUGAUAUGAUGCUCAUCAUCCUCGCCAACCGCCUCUGCCUGCCGCAUCUGGUGGCUCUCACUGAGCAGUACACCGUCACCGGUCUGAUGGAUGCGCAACAGAUGAUGGUGGACAUCGAUGGGGACGUGCUGGUGUUCCUGGAGCUGGCUCAGUUCCACUGCGCCUAUCAGCUUGCCGACUGGUGCCUCCAUCACAUCUGCACCAACUAUAACAACGUCUGCCGCAAGUUCCCCCGGGAUAUGAAGGCCAUGUCAGGAGAGAACCAGGAGUACUUCGAGAAGCACCGCUGGCCGCCGGUGUGGUAUCUGAAGGAGGAGGAUCACUACCAGCGGGCCAAGAAGGAGCGGGAGAAGGAAGACUACCUCCACCUCAAACGGCAGCCCAAGAGGCGGUGGCUCUUCUGGAACGCCUCUUCCUCCCCUUCCUCCUCUCCUUCAUCAUCGGCAGCCACGGCCUCGUCUUCUUCCUCCUCCUCCUCCUCUUCGGCUGUGGUUUGAAAGCCCAUUCUUGCCCCGGCUCCAGCAUCCUUGGGAGGAGACGGAGAGGAGGAAGAAGGCUGGGAUGACCUGCCCCAGCACCAGACGUGGAGCGGACACCACCGGCCGAAGCCCUAGAAGGAGAUGGUGGUAGCAGGGAAGCCAUCCCUGCCGAGAGGCUCGGAGCGGGCACUCCUGCUGUCCCCGCGCCGCGGCUGCAGGACUGGCAGAGCCCGAGCAGCAGGAGAAACUCACGUUUACAGGAGCACGAGGGCUGUGUCGUCGUUUCAUUUUGAGUUUUGGCUCUUGGGUUUGUUGAGGUUUUUUGGGUUUUUUUUGGGGGGGGGUUGUGUUUUUUUUUCUAUUUGACCAGCAGCAGCAUGAGGAAGAAGAAACCCACGCGCGCUUCCACUUUGAUUUGUAACCAGAAGCUGCGGGAUAGGGUUUGGCAUCUGAUGGCAUCUCACCACCCCAGGUCCUGCCAACCCUUCCCACCCGCAGCAGGGUCAGGCAGGGUUCAGAGGUCCC